AUGAGCGCAGUCUUCAAAAGACUCGCUCCUAACACAAAACAUGCGGUCCGGUGGUAUUGUCCUACAAAGAAAACAUACGAAUGCAAGUUGCUGGUGGUCGGAGGCGGCGCCGGCGGCUGCAGCGUCGCGUGGCGCUUCGCCCGCAAAUUGAAGAACUGCUUGAUUAUGCUGGAACCUUGUAGGAUACACUACUAUCAACCAGCCUUCACACUGGUAGGGGCUGGCAUAAGGAAAAUGAAAGAGUCGUACAGGCCGCUUCCUAACAUUCUACCGCACAGUAUCACGUGGAUACACGACAGGGCUGAGGGCUUCUGUCCCAGCGAGAACAUGGUGGUCACAUGGAACGGCGACAAAAUAUACUAUGAGUACAUGGUGGUCGCUGUGGGCAUCAGGAAUGAUUAUGACAAGGUGUUAGGCCUGGUACAAGCUCUGGAUAACCCUCGGUGUCCUGUCUCCACGAUCUACUCUCCAAUGUACUGCAGCAAGACCUGGGAGAACAUAAAGAACUUCAAAGGUGGACAUGCGCUGUUCACGUUCCCCGUUGUAGGCGGUAAAUGUUCCGGUGCUGCUAUGAAGAUAAUGUUUUUAGCGCAAGAUUAUUGGAGAAAGAAAAAAAUUAUAGGCAAGACGAAUAUAACGUACAACACGGGUGCGGAGGAGAUAUUUGGCGUGCCGAAGUAUGCGGAUGCCAUCAGAACGCUGGCUGUCAGUCGUGGCAUCGUACCUAACUAUGGAGCUGACCUAGUAGAAGUGUCGCCUAGGGGAGCCGUGUUCAUGGGAGCUGGCGGAGAGACAAUAAGCUUCCCAUACAACUUGUUGCACGUGACUCCCCCGAUGGCUCCGCAGUACUGUCUGCAGAAGUGUGGGGAGCUGAGCAAUGCUGCAGGGUUCCUCGAUGUGGACGCGGACACGUUGCAACACAGGCGGUAUCCCAACGUGUUUGGGUUGGGAGACUGCACGUGUACGCCUAACAGCAAAACUGCUGCUGCUGUUGCUCCACAAAGCUACGUAGUGGAGCGGAACCUUCGCGACGUAAUGUCCGGCAAGGCUCCCUCCGCCAGGUACAACGGGUACGCGGCCUGUCCACUUAUCACAUCAUACAAGAAAGGACUGCUUGCAGAGUUCGUGUAUGAUAAGAAAAUAUGGGAGACGUUUCCUUUUGAUCAGGCAAAAGAACGUCGUAUAAUAUAUCAAAUAAACAAGUACGUACUUCCAUACAUUUACUGGAACUCACUGGUCAAAGGCAAAUGGAACGGCCCGGGAACUAUACGUAACAUCAUCAACCCACUGAGAAGAUGA